AUGUCAUUUCGAGCUUUAGAAUUUUCAUUUAGGCGACAUCAUUACACCAUUGGUAAAAUCGUUGAAGAUGUUUGUGUUGCAAUAUGGAAUAAACUUUUUACUAAACAUAUGCCGAUUCCCAAUAAAGAAGACUAUUUAAAAAUAUCAUCAACAUUUGAAGUACUAUGGAAUUUUCCGCAUGUUGUUGGUUGCUUGGAUGGAAAACAUCUACGGGUAAAGUGUCCAGAAAAGUCUGGCAGUAUGUUUUUCAACUACAAAGGUUAUUAUUCAAUUGUAUUACAAGGAGUUGCAGAUGCGAAUUACAAAUUCAUAUUUGUAGAUGUAGGAGCCUACGGUAAACAGAGUGAUAGCGGUACGUUUUUAGCCUCAGAUUUAUAUGACAUACUCGAUAACUACAAAAAUUCAUUACCUCUUCCUACAAAAAUCAAAGAUACCGAAAUUGUUAUGCCAUAUGUAAUGCUUGCUGAUGAUGCCUACCCUUUAAAAGAACUUUCACGUUCUAGACGUUGUGUCGAAUGUGCGUUUGGAAUAAUGUGUACCAAGUGGAGACUGUUAUACAAACCUAUCGAAACUAAAAUUGAAAAAGCAGAAAACAUUGCCAAAGCCAUAACUUUACUGCAUAACAUAAUAAUAGAUUUAGAUGGAAGCCCUAACGCAAUUGCAAUAGAAGAAGCAAUGGAAAGUUUCGAAUUUGAAAAAAAAAAUCAAGAAAUUACAAAUAUUUCACGAAAAAGUCUUAAUAGGUAUUCAAAUGAUGCAAAACAACUUAGAGAUACAUUAAAAUCAUAUUUUAACAGUCCAAUUGGAAAAAUUUCAUUUCAAGAAAUUUAUUGUUAUGGAACAAAAAGUAAUUAA